AUGUCAGAGCCACGAAACGAAUCACAACCAGCGCCAGUCGACGAUGAGCGAAUGUCGGUUGAUGCGAACAAUAACGAGGACUGUGAAGCAGACAGGCAAGGUGGCAGUGUACGCUCUCCAUUGAUCGAGAAUCAUAGCACCGAAGCCAAGGGUGAUGCAGUGGGCAAAACGGACGUAACCCACGAACCGAGGGCAGAACAUACCAGAGAUGUCACAGAGAAAGGACAGACAACCGGGUUGCCUUUGUCUGAGGAAGAGAAAGAGGAGGUUUUCACCCAGCCUUCUUCAUUUACACUUCCAAAAGGUAUACCUCAGCUGGCGAGGGGAUCACAAAACCAGAGAAGGCUGACGGAGGACAAAUUACUGCCGAGAUGGCUCGAACUUCCUCACUGCGGCGCGUACUGCAACUCGAAGACCUGA